AGCUUGAGAUAAAGCAGCGAGUGCUUGUUGCUCGGUGAGUUUCAACAGGUAGGACGUUAGGGCUGUCGAUGCAACCUUGGAGCAUUUUUCAAAAGGCUUGAAAGUCUUGGAUGUAGUUUUCAGAAUACGGCCGUCUGCAAAUCACGAACUACUCAUAUGUAAGACCAGCUUGUUCAAUCAGUUGCGCACAGAUAAUGAGUUCUUUAUUGUACUGACCCUUAAAACCAUAGAGAUGGGAACCUUCGCAAGAUCCAAUUCAGGCAGUAUUCGCUAGACUAUCUACUCGAGCAUCAUGACUUUAUUGAAGUCGCAUAUCUGCUCAUUUGGGGACAUUUAACUUCCUGCGCCUAAACGCAGAACUUUGCAGGCAAACUUUUCAAACAAUCAAACUUCCCGGAUAUUGUAAUAAAGGUGGUCAAAAGUUUUCCGUAAGUUUAAAUGGAACUUCCAUCUAUAUACCUUUCAUGACAUGGCUCACCUCACACGACAGACGCGGAACUCCGAACUUUCUCAUUAUUGUUGCAGGCCUAUGAGCAUGGGCUGCAUACUCGGCAGACCACAUCCCAAUACACACUGGCAAGAAUAUCUACUUGGGCAAUCCUGACGCCGUGGACAGCGGCAUCAUCCGAACUAUGUCGGCACUAUCAGUGGUGAUUGCGUUAACAUCCUGCCAUCAACAAGGAAAGCAAUUCAGACCACCAGAUGCCAGAAAUUCAUUCGUGGGCAAUCAACUUUUCAUGAUGGGAAUAGUGAACCCUAAGACUGGAAAACCGGAAUCAUGGACAAAAAGGCAACUCAACAAACUUUGGAUCAUCUAUGCAGAUAAUGAAAUGACUAAUUCCACGGCUGCAUUCCUCCACAUUACGUCUACGCUCGCGGAUCCAAUUUCCGGUUGUAUUACUUUCUGCAUCUAGGCCGCUCCAUGCAGGCGCGAUUUAGCAUACCGAAGUUUUCAACAAAUUGGGCCUAAGGAAAACGUCGCAAAACUGAUUGCGGAUGUAAAGGCCAAAAAACAAAGAUUAUUCGGUUAUGGGCAUCGAAUCUACAAAGCAGUCGACCCACGCAUUUAUCAUCUACGCAAGAUGAUGGAUGAUCUUGCUGGAAGAGCCGCUAGCAAUCCACUUCUCUCAAUCGCAAUGGAGAUCGAUCGAAUCGCCUCUCAGGAUACCUAUUUUACGUCUAGGAACCUCAAAGCGAAUGCAGACUUGUAUGGCUGCUUCGUUUUUUUCUGCUCUGUAAGUUACGCCCGUGGAAAGUUCUGAGACUAGAAUUAUGGCUGGUAUCAUAUCAUUCAGGGGAUUUGAGCCGGAGAUAAUCACUGCUAUAGCUGCAAUGGCCAGGUCGUCAGGCGUCAUGGCCCACUGGCGUGAGGCAAUGAGUAGGUUGCGCAUACAAGCAAUACUGUAAUGCAGAGAACUAAUGUUUUGCAGGUGAUAGACCAAACAUAUGGCGGCCACAGCAGGUUUUCACCGGAGUGGUAUUAUGCGACCUGAAUGUGCGACUUUUCCCCCUUACAUUGUAA